AUGGAACCUCCUCAAGGUUAUAAAAUCCCACAGGGCAAGGUCUGUAAACUGGAAAAAUCCCUAUAUGGUUUAAAACAAGCAUCUAGAAAGUGGAAUGAAGAAUUCACUAACAAGAUAAGAAAAUUUGGUUUUGAACAAUGUAGUCAUGACCAUUGCUUGUUUACAAAAGGGACUGACACUAACCUCAUUGCAUUACCGAUUUAUGUUGAUGAUAUACUAAUUACUGCUGCUUCUGAAAAUUCCAUAAUCACUGUCAAGGACUACUUAGAUGACCUUUUUACAGUUAAGCACUUGGGAAAUGCUAAAUAUUUCUUAGGGCUUGAGUUAGCACGAUCCCCUGAAGGUCUAGUAGUCACUCAACGUAAGUAUACUCAAGAUAUUGUUAAGGAUGUUGGGCUCAAUAAUGGCAAGCAUGUUGCCACUCCAUUACCUCCAGGACUGAAGCUCACAGUUGACACAGGGACUGCUCUCACUGACCCCUCCAGGCAUUGGGAGGCAGCAAUUCAUGUUGUCAGAUACUUGAAAGGCAACAUCUCAACAGAUUGGGCUGCAUGCCAAGAGACAAGAAGGUGCUUAUCAGGAUUCUGCAUUUUUGUGGGAGAGACUCCCAUAUCUUGGAAAAUCAAGAAGCAGACCAUGGUGGCUAGAUCAUCUGUUGAAGCCGAGUACCGAAGUAUGGCCACUACCACCUGUGAAGUAACAUGGCUGGUGUACCUUCUGAAGAAUUUGGGUGUUGAAGUCAAGACUCCUAUUCCAUUCUACUGUGACAACAAAGCCGCACUUCACAUAACAGCAAAUCCGGUCUUCCAUGAGAGGACGAAGCACCUGGAAAUAGACUGCCAUGUGGUGCGUAACAAAUUCAAGGAAUGA